CAACAAUUACAGAGGCACGUUGUGCCUCGACACGCCUUCAUCGCAACCAUGCCUCCUCUACCUAGCACGCUCAACGAAGAAAUCGUUUCUACCAUUGAAUCACUACGUAGGCGGCGCAAGGACCUCUCAGAGUUCCAAAUCCAGCGUUUGCGGACGUGCACAGGCCCGUUAGGCGUUCAGCAACAGUAUGCAGCUGAGCUGCGUGAAGACCUCGACGCAUUCACUCGGCAAGUCGAGAGCCUAGAACUCUCAGUGGAUGACCAGCGGACGGAGCGAGACCGAAGAGAGUUGUGGCAGGUAGUGGACGAGUUCCGGGCUGACCUGGCGAGCUUGAAGAAGGACACACGAGCCGCACUACUAGCAUCCAAACGCGCUAUUGAUGCGAACCAGCUAUCAAACCGGGAUGAGCUCUUGCGAUCGUCGGCGGUCACGGAGAAGCAAGACUUGAGCGAGAAAGUCGUUGAGGAUGCCCUGAUGAAGGCGAACAAUGAUGUCACAGAAGCUUUGCAGCGGACAAUAGCACUCAUGCAAGGCGAGCUCGAGAAGUCGGUACUCUCAACGCAGCUACUCGAUGCAUCCAGCUCGUCUCUGCGUUCCACCUCCUCCACGCACGAUGUCCUCGACGGCCUCCUCGUUACGUCGAAGCACCUGAUCACCGCACUCGAGAAGUCCGACUGGCUUGACCGCCUGCUCGUCCUGGCCGGGCUCGCCUUCUUCAUUCUAGUCGUCGUCUUCAUCCUGAAGCAGCGGAUCGUUGACCGCGGACUCCGGAUCGCGUUCUGGUGGACGCGUUUUAUCCCGGAUUUCAGUGGCGACGAGCGGCUGCUAGACGUAGAGGAGGCGAAGGCGACAGCCAGCGCGGUGAUGGGCACGGCUGCAAGCGUAGCGGCGAGUAUAUCGGCAGCGACUGUGUCGGCAUCAGGUAACCCGUCCAGUUCAUUGUCUGCAGUCGUCAGCCCCUCGGUGGCGAGCGAGCCACCUACAUCGCGUGCGAAGGAGGAAGCGUCUACACCUCUGGAGACUCUCUUAGAUACCCUCCUCGCGUCAUCCACUUCGGCGGCAGACGGUGCCAAGGAGACAGGACUUCACGACGAGUUGUAGGUAAUGCGAGCUCCCUACGCUUAUGUAUCAUUUACCGCAGGGCCUCCGUUAUGUACGGAUUCAUAUACGAUUCGUGACAGCAAAGCCCCGACAGUCAUCGAUCAUACCGGCGAUGCAUAUGGACUAACCAGGACACCAAAUGUCACCGCAAAGCAAUCAUCCUUCCCUGGUGUGGGGGUGUCACUGAGGUGUUCAAGAAUCGAACAAGUACUCGGUUUAACGUCUCAGGGACUGAGGAGGUGGAUCUCACAUCGACAAUCCUGAGCUAGAAAGUCUCUGAGCUUCUCCCAAACGUGUCAAC